AUGCCAUCUCAAUUUUUUUCAAAUUUAUCGCAUGAUCUUUCACAACUUCUUGACAAUGCAAAUGAUUACAAUGUUACUAUCCAAGUUGGAGAAGGAUCAAAUAUUAAAGAGUUUCGAGCCCAUUCGAAUAUUUUAAUGGCCAGGUCUCCUUAUUUCAAGAGAGCACUUUCGAGUGAUUGGGUUGUAAAAAAAGAUAAUAAUAUUAUCUUUAAUAAGACCAACGUAUCGCCGAUGGUGUUUUCAAUGAUGCUCAAAAGUUUUCCUACUUGGGCAAAUACAUUUGAUAGUUUCAUCUUUUCUUUCGGUAAUGGUAAAUCAAGUGAUGAUUACAAGGUUAGCCGUGUCAGUAAUCAUCAACAUGCAGUUUAUGAUUAUGCUAAUAAUGGUGCACAUUUUGGACAAAGUGAUUUGGUUUUGAAUAAUAACAAUGGGGCAUGUAAUAAGUAUUCUUAUGAAGAUAGUAUUUUAGAUACAAAUAAUUUUAGAAUUGAAGAAAUUGAGGUUUUUAAAAUCGUUGAGAAAUAA